UUUUCAACUAAUUCAAUUUGUGUAGGUCGAGGUAUAGGUUGAUUUCCAAGAUUUUUCAUGUUCCUGUUUUUCACUGGAAAAAUUUGAAAUUUUGGGAAAAUGAGCUUGACACCUUCCUCUUUACAUGCAAAAAGUUUCAAAAUUUUCCCCUUACUAGUUUUCCAGGAAAAUUUUGGAAUGUGUGAGACUGUAUUUUCAACUAAUUCAGUUUUUGUAGGUUGAUUUCCAAGAUUUUUCAUGUUGUUAUUUUCCACUGAAACAAUUUGAAAUUCUGGGAAAAUGAACUUCUCACCUUCCUCUUUACAUGCAAAAAGUUUCAAAAUUUUCUCUUUACUAGUUUUCUAGGAAAAUUUUGAAAUGUGUGAGACUGUAUUUUCAACUAAUUCAGUUUGUGUAGUUGAUUUCCAAUAUUCCUUAUGUUGUUAUUUUCCACUGGAAAAAUUUGAAAUUUUGGGAAAAUGAGCUUUUCACCUUCCUCUUUACAUGCAAAAAGUUUCAAAAUUUUCCCUUUACUAGUUUUCCAAGAAAACUUUGAAAUGUGUAAGACUGUAUUUUCAAUUAAUUCAGUUAUUGUAAGUUGAUUUCCAAAAUUUUUCAUGUUGCUGUUUUCCACUAGAAAAAUUUGAAAUUUUGGGAAAAUGAUCUUCUCACCUUCCUCUUUACAUACAAAAAGUUUCAAAAUUUCCCCUUUUUUAGAGGAAUUUGUGGGGCAUUUGGAGAAUUUCGUGGUGGGCUAUUUGGAGGAAUUUGUGAUGGGGUAUCUGAAGGAAUUUGCAGUACUUUUGAGGAAUUAUGCGUAAAUAAUUCCCUUUUGAGGAAUUGUUUGCACCAAUUCUGGGAUGGUGGUUUACUCCUUUGCAAAGUACUCCCAACCAGUGACUUGAAACUUUCAGGAAUAAUGAAUUAAAGUCUUUUUCAUAGGGAUAAGUUAAUGAGAAGCUCCAAAUAAAAGUUGCAUGAAAAAACUGUAAGAAUGUGCAGACUUGAAAAUCAGUGAGUUUUUGAAUUAAUGAGUAAAAACUCUGAAUCAAAAAUAAAUUAGUCAUUAUUGAAAUCUCUUGUCGUUCUGAUAUAAAAAUGAGGAGUUUCUGAACUACAGAAUCUGGAAUUCCAUAUUGUACGCUAUAAUUCCAGGGUGGUUUACCCCUCGGUUGAAAACUAGGAGAUUGAAAGACAAAAUUACAUAAUUUUAGCUGUAAAUUAAGGAUUAAAAAUUGCUCUUCUUGCCUAGAAAAACCUAUACAACCAUUACUUACUACACUUCAAUACAAAAAACCCUAUCGAACUUAUACUUUUCAACAUUUUCACAACAAAGCAAAAUCGAAAUUUGCAUACCUCAAACCACAAAAACCUUAUCGCAAAUAUUUAACUUACCAGACUCUGGUGCCAGUUCGCGUUGUUCCGAAGGCCUCACCACUGUAGUUUCUUCGUGUUUGCACUGUUGCUGAACAUUUUCCACCUCUAAAAUUUCAGGAGGCCUGGACAAAUAUACACUAUUGGCUUCUACAUUGAGAUCCAACAUGUAGGAGUUGGACGUUGGAAGGUUGGCAAGGAUUGGAGAUUGUUCGUUGUCAGAGUCUGGAAGAGGUCAGCUGAGAUGUUUGAAGUUUUCCACGUCACUGUCACUUAAAUUUUUCAACCAUUUUGUUAAUGCAGUAUAUGUGUAUCCUUGUUUCACUCAAAGAAAAAGACAAGGACGGAAAAUGUAAACAGCUACAACGGGAGUGGUUUUUCUGUUUGGAUUGUCAAAUCUUAAAAAUCGAAAAAUCUAAAAAUCCAUUUUCGUGUUUUUUUUUUCUCACGUGUGAUUAUGUUGGUUUUUUGAAAAUAUUUCGAAAAAUACGCUCAUUUAAAUAAAACAAGUGGCCAAAAUGUUGGUCCUUUUCGAGACCGCUGCUGGUUAUGCCAUAUUCAAGCUUCUCGAUGAGAAAAAACUGGAAAAAGUCGACAGUUUGUACACUUCCUUCCAGACUCCUGACGAUGCCAGCCAAGUAGUAAAACUAAAACACUUUGAAAAGUUCAAAGAUAUCACAGAAGCUUUGGUAGCGACCACAGCAGCUGUAGAAGGCAAAAUAUCAAAAAGUCUCAAAAACGUCCUCAAAAACCAUGUCACAACCGACAUGCACGAGCAAUUGCUAGUGGCCGACGCGAAACUAGGCUCGGCCAUCAAAGAAAAGUACAGUCUGCAAUGCGUAUCCAGCAGCGCCGUUCAAGAAUUGAUGCGAUGCAUCCGCUCCCAAUUGGACAGUCUAAUCUUGGACACUCCAAAGAAAGAAAUGACCGCUAUGGUUUUGGGUCUAGCCCAUUCCUUGUCCAGAUACAAAUUGAAGUUUUCACCUGAUAAGGUUGACACUAUGAUAGUCCAAGCUGUUUCUUUAUUGGACGAUUUGGAUAAGGAAUUGAACAAUUACACAAUGAGGUGUAGAGAAUGGUACGGAUGGCAUUUUCCAGAAUUAGGCAAAAUUGUUGCUGACAAUAUGGCUUAUGCAAAAACUGUUAAGGUUAUUGGAACAAGAGAACAUGCAGGUAGUUCGGAUUUGUCUGAUUUGCUACCUGAAGACAUAGAAGAAAAAGUCAAAGAAGCGGCUGAAAUUUCAAUGGGCACUGAAAUAUCUGAAGAAGAUAUUGAAAAUGUUAUCAAUCUUUGUGACCAAAUUGUUGAUAUGACUAAUUAUAGGCAACAAUUGUAUGAUUAUUUGAAAAAUAGGAUGAUGGCAAUGGCUCCUAAUCUAACAGUUUUAGUUGGAGAUCUUGUUGGGGCCAGGCUUAUUGCACAUGCUGGUUCUCUUAUUAAUUUGGCCAAACAUCCAGCUUCAACUGUGCAGAUUUUGGGUGCAGAGAAAGCAUUAUUUAGAGCCUUGAAAAGCAAAAAAGACACUCCUAAAUACGGUUUGAUUUACCAUGCACAAUUAGUAGGUCAGAGUAGUACCAAAAACAAAGGGAAAAUGUCUAGGAUGUUAGCAGCCAAAGCAUCUCUAGCCACAAGGGUAGAUGCUUUAGGUGAUGAUGUCACUAUUAAUUUAGGUGUUGAGCAUAGGGCUAAAUUAGAGGCUAGAUUGAGAGCUCUUGAAGAAGGCAAUGUUAAAAGACUCAGUGGCACAGGCAAAGCAAAAGCUAAAUUUGAAAAAUACCAGGGUGUCAGUGAAAUUAAGCAAUAUCCUGAUGCGGCUGAUAGUACUUUGCCUUCUACAAGCAAAAGAAAGAGGGACGAGUCUGAAGUUAAGCAGGAAGAAGAAGUUGAAGUCAAGCAGGAAGUUGGUGAGAAGAAGAAGAAGAAAAAGAAGGUCAAACAAGAGGAGAUGCAAGUAGUUGAAGCUGAAGAACAGACUCCUAAAAAGAAAAAGAAGAAAGCCAAGCAAGAACAAGAGGAGUCUAUUAAAGAAGAAGCACCUGAAGCUGAACAGCCUACUUCAGAAAAAAAGAAAAAGAAGAAGAAAGUGAAGCAGGAAGCUGACGAGUCGAUGGAGGCGGCAGCUGCAACACCUCAGCCAGGCAGCAGCGAAAAAAAGAUGAAAAAGAAAAAAAAGUUGGCUUCUGAGUCAUCCGAGUAGAAGAAAACUUGCAAUUUUAGUUUAAGAAUUUUAAUACGAAGCAGGAACUUCUUAUUUUGCAAUUGGAUUUUUUAACUACAUUGACCGUUCAGUAAUUUAGAAAUUAUUUUUCUAUAAUUCUUUACAUUAGGAGUAAAAUUAAUCAAAGGGAUUUUUACAUAAUUUUUUUAGUUCUUUGAAUUCUACCAUUAUUAUUUUUGAAUUGUUAUGUAGACACAAAUGUAAUAUAAAAUAUAAGGACUGUUUGAGGAUACAAGAUUUUUAGUACAUUUUGAUAUUUGUUGGAGUUUUUUGUUCUAAAUUGUCUCAAAUAAAUUUCAAACUACAUAUAGGUUGGUUUUUGAAUUUCCCUAACUUUACUCCUGCAUUUUCUAGUUUUUCUCAGCUUUUCUCACUCACUCUUUGUGCAAAAAACAAAAAAAAAUAAAAGCAACAAAAAUAUAUUUAAAAAAAAUGACUUACUCUAUCUAUACUAUAUUAACAAAAACUACUGGUUAUUUAUAGACAUCUUAGGCCACCUGGGUAUAGUUUGCCUUGCAAUACACUGAAAAAAGUAACCAAUUAAAAAUUUCCCACAUAAAAAAAAUCAAAAUAAAUUACCUAUAAACUCAGAAACAGGAUCAUUUUCACCAUCUCCACGCAUAGUACCAGUAAUUUCAUCAUUUUCAACCAUAGGCAUAAACAAAUGCACAAACUCCGAACUGUACGGAGGCCCAAUAGUUUCCAAAACCUCAGUAACAAAAUACCUUAUCAAAGAAAUAUCAGUGUCGCCCUUUUGCCAACACUGCUUGAUAUAUUUGACCACAGGAACCACACAACCUGAACACAAAAGGUUGACCAUCCUGUCUAGAACCAUUUUUCGCAUUUCUAGUUGCACCAGAAUUUCCAAUUCAUCCUGUUUGGACUCAAAUAGACGUACCAGCAACUCUAAAACUUGAUUGUGCAAAGGCAUAUGGCAAGUUACUACUUCAUCCAACAAGGCCAAGUGUAUUGGAGUGUGUUCAGUUGAUAGUUUGAAGUAGCUUGGUUCAGUUACUGUGCAUUCAACCCAGCGAAUUACUCCUAGAGAAAC